AUGAAUUUGGAAAAUGCUGUGUUCCCACCACGUAUCACCUGCUCAGGAAAGAAAACGGGCCUGAGCGACUAUCAGGGACUGGGCGGGGGUCCCUGGGGUGGUGGUACCUUCGGGUGGGCGUGGCCGAGUCAGGCGAGGCCCCAGGCCCCAUCACGUGGUUUGGGAGGGGGCAGUGCGGCUCCCGGGAGAAAUGGGGUGGGGGUGGGGGGGCUGCUGCACCAGGGGAUCCGCACGUGCCAGGUGCCUUCAUUCUGCGGUUUUCCUCCUGAGAACCGCUGGCGCGGAGGCCUGGACCCCUCCUGUCUGAAGGCUCAGGACAGUGGGAGGCCCACGGCUCGUCCCAGAACCUCAGAGCCGCUUGCAGUCAGACCCCUGGGCCGGGACUCGUGCCCUGCCCUCAUCCUCCCAUCGCAUCCCGGAGCCCCUCCGUCCCCUGCUCCCCGUCCACCGCACCUGACUCCCACCCUUUCUCCACUUCACACGCGGAGCAGCGGGGCCGGCAGCCAGGACCUCAGGCCGGGGUGGGGCGGGGUGGGGCGGGAUCGGGGGGGGGGGGGGGGCGAUGGAGGAAGGGGCAGAGGUAAAGGAGUUGCCGCCUUAUUCCUGGAAGGACAGCCUCUUUUUUCAAACUCAGCCAAAAAAAAAAAAAAAAAAAACCGCAGGCAUUUCAGGGUCCCGUCCUUCUCGCUGAUAGGGGAGACGCCACCCCGUACGCGGGCUCGCCGCGCGCUUCCCUUACAAGGAGCGCGGCUGGAAGCCCUUCCCCACGGUCCGGGCGGACGGAAGGGGCGUCCCCAGGCCUCCUGGGGCGAGACGGCUCCCGGCUCCCAGCACCUCCGCCAGGGGCCGCUGCUGCCUCCCCGGGUGAGACGGCGUCACUUCCCGGGGAUUCGGCCUCCAGGAAAGGGACGGCCUCACUUCCAAAAAAGGAAUUUUCACUCAGCGCCCGGUUCCUUGACUCAGCCGCCGCCUGACUCAGCGCCCUUUCCUCUCCACAUCCAGGGCUCCCGGGCUGUUCUAGGAGAGCAUCCUCAGGACAGUCGCGGGCAGGGCCGGGUCCCAGCUGUCCGGCUGUCACCACCUGCCGUGGGAUUCCUUGGGCUGCUGCUGCCCGCCAGGCCUGGCCCAGGAUGCAGAUGGUCGCAUAAAAAUAGUCAGGGGCCUGGAGGUACCACUUCGCCGGCUGUUCUGUUGAGCGGAAGCCAGAUGAGAGGGUCAUGUCAGCAGAGCUGCGGGUGCUGGCCCACCACCAGGGUCAGGAAGCCAGGGUCCAGGCAGCGGUUGCCAGUCAGAAGCCAGGGGAAGAUGUUCGACCGGCAGCGGUUGUACCUGAGGCAACACACCUGGGAACUAGGAGAGGAUUCCACAAGUGCAGUACCCAAGCUUCCGACACUGAGCCCUGGUCACUGCCCCAUCCUCCUUGCGGUGCAGGUGGCAGGCCGACAUUCGGGUCAACAGGGAGUAUCCAUCAGAAACUCCAGGAAAUCAGCCUCCUCCCAUUGGAUCCACGUGACAGCAGUGUCCUCAAAGCCAGGGUGACAUCUACUCUCUGGCUCCGAUGAAAACCUCGGACUGAAAUUCCACCCAAAGGAAGAGCUUUGACAAGGUGGUCAUUUUGCAAAGUGCUGAAGCUGCUGAUGUGGACACUUUCCUUUAAACCACAAAGGGGCUUGAUUCACAGGGACUGAGUGACCAGAGCUGAGGAGAGGCUCUUCUAGGUGUGUCUCAGGCCCUUGCUGCCUGCACCAGACUCUGUACCAGCUUUGAUAAAGGGAGCGUUUCCCUGCAGUCAGUCAUGAAACUCAGCAACUGCAACACACAGGCCUAGUAAGGGCGGGCGCUGGGUCGUCCUCGGCUCUGACGGGAGCUGGGGGGCGGGGGGACUGUGCCCCCGACACCUAAGCUUCCCCAGAUGCCCUGUGUAGAGAUGCGCGGGGAGCUACAGAAAGGCAGAGAAGCAGAACUGCGGGGGCCAGUUGGAGGUCAAGGAUGGCAGGGCAGGGAUCCUGAGGUUAAAGAAACUGAUCCCUGAAACUGGGAAUGUUUGAAAAACUCCAGAACAAAAAUUUUCCAGCUGUCCCCCUUUUUCAAACCAUGCACAUUAGGACUUUCCCCAAGUUUUCAUGUACCUAAAAGGAAACCGCUGGUUCUAAUGACAGGAGAGCCACUUCCUCUUCACAGGGCAUUUCCACUUGGCCUUGGGGAGGGUGUGAAUGGAGCCCCAAGUCUCCAGUCUUCUCACCUGAAGCAUUCACAGGGAAACUGGGCAUACUCAGAAGGAAUGUCACAGGGCUCAGACCCCCCAGGACAAGCUCUCCUUUACAGACAUGGCCAGAGGACCUGAGGUAACACAGCUAACUGGAAACAGAGCCGGGGCUGAGAUCCAAGUCACCCUGACUCACAGAAAAGUGGUCAUUCCUUCUGGCCACACAAGGCCAUCUGGAAGGGGGCCGCUGCUCCAGAGAGCCUAACUCACCCCUACAAGUGACCCUGACUCAUGCCUGCCUGGCACACCAGAGGCAUUUGUGGCUCAGAAUACCUGUGGGCCGCCUGAGCAGCUGGGUUCCCCACAGGAGUGGCCUGGAGAGUUCUGGGUGUCAGUCAGAGAGCAAGCCCUAGAAGCCCGCAGUAGGGGUCCAGGCUGCUGGGGUGAAAGUCCCUAAGGGGAAGGACCACUAAGCAGGAAGGGUGGGGGCCCAGGACUCUCCCUGAUGCCAGCAGCUGAGGAGUGAAGCCUUUCCCCGCUGAAGGGGCUGUGGGCAAACAUGGCGGAGGGGUCCCGCUGCGCCUUGCCGCCUUGUCAACAAGGCAACAGGGAACCGCAGGCCAGUCCCCUAGGCCAGGGAGGGCUGAGAUCAUUCCGCAGGGAAUCCCCGACGCUCCGUGGCCCCGGAGAGAGAAGGGUCACCGGAUCUCUCUAAGACUGACACUUCCUCCGUCCUCCAGCUUCGCGCCUGUCCCCAAGCAGGACGCCCGCGUCCACAUCCCCCACCCCAGCAGGCAAACGAAGGCCGGGACUCUGGGGCGUGGAGGGUUUAGCCGUGUUUUCACUAUAACCUGACUCCAUCACGAACGGUUCGGACUCGUCAGAACUGAAGGGCACUAGUAUUUCAAGACGGAGAAGCAGUAGGCCGGGGACGUAAGGACUCGUGCCCACCGCUGAGUCGGAGCGCAG